GUGUGCCAGACACACAGGGAUGGCGCUGGCCUUAUUUUGUGGUGUAGAGGAUCUGCUGGCCUCUGGAAGUCAGUUAGUGUGGACUGUGGCCGAACAGGUGCUGAGGAGAUGCUACAGUGAUGGGCUUGAGCCCUGUAGGAGCUUCCUGCAGACAUGGUGUCAUCUGGGAGAUGUCUACCAGAUGACAGAGGGCCGGCUGGUUCAGGUGCUUCUGCUAGAUGACAGGCAGCUGGAACUGCUGGUCCAGCCAAAACUGUUGUCCCGGGACCUCCUGGAUUUGGUUUCAUCGCAUUUUAACCUGAAAGAGAAAGAAUAUUUUGGAAUCUCCUUCACGGAUGAGAAGGGUCAGACAAACUGGCUUCAACUGGAUCGCAGGGUGCUGGACCAUGACUUUUCAAAAAAGACUGGACCACUUGAGCUCAAAUUCCAAGUCAGGUUUUACAUCGAGAGUGUUGCAUAUUUGAAAGAUGCUACCACCGUUGAACUGUUUUUCCGGAAUGCUAAGAUAUCUGUCUACAAUGAAAAUAUUGAAGUGGAGAGUGAGAUCGUUUUUAAAUUAGCCGCAUACACUGUUCAGGAGGCAUACGGAGACUACACAAGUGAUGAAAGUUCAAGAUCAGACUUAAAAAAGCUUCCAGCUUUCCCCACUGCAGUAUUGAAGGAGCACCCGUCAUUAGUAUUCUGUGAAGAUAAAGUAAUCGAGCAUUAUAAGAAGCUGAAAGGCCUCAGUCGUGGACAGGCUAUCAUACGGUAUCUGACCUUAGUUGAGUCUUUGCCUGCAUAUGGAGUUCAUUUCUACAAAGUGAAGGACAAACAGGGCAUACCGUGGUGGCUGGGGAUUAGCUACAAAGGCAUUGGCCAGUACGACCUGCAAGACAAGCUCAAGCCACGAAAGCUCUUUCUGUGGAAACAGCUUGAAAACCUGUAUUUCCGAGAGAAGAAGUUUGCUGUAGAAGUCAACGAGCCUCAGAGAAGAACAGCUUCUAGACGCACAUUUGGUCAGUCUGGUCAGGUCAUCUACUCGUGGUAUGCCAGCCAUUCUCUGAUCAAAACCAUCUGGGUGAUGGCAAUCAGCCAACACCAAUUCUACCUGGACCGCAAACAGAGCAAAGCUAAAAUAACUUCAGCAAGAAGUUUGGGGGAUAUUGCCAUGGAUCUCACAGAGACUGGAGCUCCGAGGAACAGUAAGCUGGUCAGCAUGGAGAGUAAAGACAAGCUCAUCAUGGCCAGCAAUGGAAGCUUGGUCUCUUCCAAUUCUGUAGACAAUGAAGUGAAUGAGGAACAGAAGAAAGAGAAGAUUGCAGAACUGAAGAACAAACAGGAGAGCAUAAAAGAAAUGGUUGCACUCAAGGAAGAAGAGCUGAAGAAAAUUUGCCUCCGGGAAGCUGAGUUAACCGGUGUGUUACCUAAGGAGUAUCCUUUGGCACCAGGAGAGAAGCCCCCCACUGUUCGAAGGCGCGUGGGAGCUGCUUUCCAAUUGGACGACCUUUUCCCUUAUGAUGCGGACCCUCAUUUAAGAAACCUGGAGAGCUGCUUUGCGCUCCAGAAAAAGAUUGUGGAGGCAGCGAAAAAACUUGCCUAUGAAAAUGAGCUCUGUAAAACCGUGAGGAAGAAACGCAGGAGAAAUCUUCUGGAUGCUACCAAAAAACUCCAGGGGAUCGAAAAUCAGAUUAAUGAUUACAGAGUGAAGAUUGGAAAGGAGCCCACACAAAGAGCUUCUGUCAUCAUUGCUGAUGAUGUAAACCUUGACAGCCUUUCUGACUGCCUGAAUUUGGAAGAUGACGAGCCAUUGCAGAGACAUUCAGUGCAGUAUUCUCCACGUCCCAACUCCUCAAACUCCUUUGCUGCAUCAUACCAUUCAAAUCACAUUGAUCACACUCAUGACAACUACCAGGACUGUGGCAGACUAAAUUAUGGUCAAGUCCAAGAUCCUGUGGCUUAUAUGUACGGAGAUGCCUUAUCGACACCGAGCAGCCCUUACCGUCAACCCUCACGCCAACCCUCUGACUCGCGGAGCAUGCCCCCUACCCCUCAACUUCCCCGCAAUGCCUACAGCAGCAUCCAGCUCAGCACUCAUUUUCGGCAGCGCAGCGGUAGUCUGGAAUCUCAGUCAACAUUGCCUACGGAGAGUGAGCCACCUGAGCCUGUCUUCACCAUCUCUUCUCCCCGCCGUAGCAAUAGCACUGAGAUACUUGAUGAUGGCUCCUCCUACACCAGCCAAUCCAGCGUGGAGUACCCUGUACCUGGCUGCCAUUCACGUGCUAAAAACCGCCAUCGGCGAAGGCAGGGCAACAUAUAUGCCAACACAGGCAGCAUGCCCAACCUUGCACAGAAUGACACACAGGGAUAUACACCCCAACCUCGGCAACAACCAACCACCACUGCCUAUUACGUUACUGGAUAUCCACGUUACAUCGAACCUGAGGUGUACCCAAAUGGACUGUACAUGUAUGAGACCGAGAUGGAGGGACACUAUAAUGUUAACCCUUCCUACUACAGACACAACCCUCAUGGGAACUAUGGCCAGGAUGAGAUAGAUGGCUUGACUCAUAACCUUUAUGCCACAUUAAGGCCGUCAGGGACCCGUCGUCCAUCCAGGAUGGAGAAUCCUGUCACAAACAAUCAAAGGGCUGAAGUGGUGGAACACUUGCGUGUUUGGUACAACCGACAGCAGAGACAACAAGGGUAUGAAGCCUACAGGGGGCCGCAGCAGAAUCUGGGCUAUAGGACCAUGUCAUCAAGAUAUGUACGCAAUGACAGUACAACUUCCUACUCGACAGUUGGUUCGGAAAACUGGCAGAGUCGACCAGUCAUGGCAAUGUCAGAGUAUGAUAUGCCUCCUGCACACCCUCAGUCCUACGGCUACAACACUGUCCAUUACAGUCAACCGUUACACAGCAGAUCGUAUAUAGAUCUCAGCCACCAUGAUUCACACACUAGCAGCCCAAUGGACAGCAGCUUUGACUCUGAAGACCAGCAGACACUCUAUUGGCAUGAGAACUCCAAACCUGGAACAAUAGUGUAGAGACUGAGAGAAACAGUUUCCUGUUCACUCGUAUGUGCCUUGCUCACAUCCCGUUUGCUUAUUAAUGCCAGCGAGUCCCAAAGGUAGGAAUGUCGCCGGACGAGAGCCUUUAAAACAUGCGUGUGAAGGACAAUACAUUCUCUUCGUGAACAAACCUGUGGGAUAGCACUUCGUCUUCAAGACAUAGCUGCUGUGGAAACUUUGGGUGAAACUUUUGACGCUGUGGGCAGAAUGAACUGGGUGCAUCGCCCCAAUACACACACUGUGAGAUUGAAGGAUAUUGCAACAUUAAUGUUUCAUCAGACACAAGCAAUCAAUGAUAUGAAGGAUUGAACCCCGAUUUUUUUUCAUGUGCAAAAUCCUCACCAAAAUAUUCUACAAUGCUUUUUCACACUUGGAUUAUUAGUCAAACUUUUAACAGUGUUUUUGUGUGUGUGUGUGUGUGUUGGUAAACUCCGUACUUGGAAUGUGAUUGUGCAACAGCCUUCAUUCAGUAUUUUCUCAGUCACUUGUGUACCAUUUUAAUUUAGUUUACAACCAGCAGUGCUGUUUUUAAUUUGUGCGGAACUAACAUUUGCACCAAUCACAAGAAGUUUUCCUUUUUUCGCACUAGCAAAUUCUAGUAAAUCAUGUUUGUCAACAUGUUACUUUACUUCAGCCAGUGCCAAGUAUUCAGUUUCUUUUCUAAUCCUGUUAAAAUGGACUGCAACAACUCUAAUUAUUGAAACAUAACUUUAUGGGAGUAUAAUUGUUUUUAUAAUGUCACUAACAAAAUAUCCUGGUACAAUAAUAGUGGCCAUUUACUGCACUUUUAUACCCUAAUGGACUUUUGGAAACUAUGAAUGAGAGCACAGCAUCUCUUUCUCUUCAGAAGGGAACUGUAUAUGUGUUUGUAAAUACUGUAAAAACAUUUGAUACGUUUCUCACCUUUUUAGAGAGAUUUGUUUUUAUCAUUUUGAAAGAUUUGUUUUUAAAGCAUAUAAUAUAUAAUUUGGAUUUCUCAAGCUGGUUCUUAGUAAUUUGUCAAAAAAAAAAAAAAAAUCUUUGGAAUUAAAAGAGAAA